CAGAGUUUGAGACAAGGACAGCAAACAUUGAGAAGUGAAAGGUUUGGGAACUCGAGACCAGGACUGUGAGUGAGCCAGGAAGGAACAUGUCGCUUCUCAAAAAUCUUCUUCUGCUGCUUGUCGUGCUUGUCUGUGCAGGUGCAGAUGACUGCGAGUACCGUAAACCCACCGACUUCUACCCGUCCUUCAAGUCAUGUGACAACGGAUGCUGUGGGCCUUAUGUGACCUCUGACCCCUGCUGUGAGGACGAUCCUUUUUACACUGGCACACCGUUCAUCGCGGGGACCGCCACGGGGUCUGUCCUGUUGGUGCUGGGGGCAUGUCUGUCCGCCUGGGCGAAAACAUCCAAGGAAAACGACAAAAACAAGAGCACAACCACCACGGCAACUCAACAGAGGGUCGUCUCAACCACCACCACAGUGAACAUGCCGGCUCAGAACGCCUUCGGGUACCCGGCUGUCAAAGCGUCCAGAUAAAGCUAUGACCAGACACACAGACAAACAGACAUGCAGAGGCACAGACGCACAGACAUACAGACACACAAGCACCCCGUGCAGACACAGACACAUUGAGACAAAGAUGCAUAGGCACGUAGACAUACAGACACACAAGCACAGCGUGCAGACACACAGAGAAACAGACAAAGAGACAUACAGACGCAC